GCGGAGGGGACUAAUGGACGCUGCGGCGGGCGCCCGAGGCGGGAAGCAGGCACCGCGGCCGCCUUUGCCCGCACAGCGCGGCACGGCGUGGUGGGUGCCUUUGGGCUCAGCGCGCACAGGGUUGAACAGUCUCUGAAAGCACCCCAAAUCCGCCUUAAAUCCCCAUGAAAUCCCCUUUCACCCUUCCCCAGAGCGGUAGGACCCCCGAACGCCUAAGGCCUGCUCUCUCUGAGGUCUCUUCCUCGCCCCACGUCCCCUCCCGCCCUCCCUCCGUGCUGCCGCCGUUACCGCGGGCCGGGGUCGCCCACCCUCGGGCCUCCCGGAUCCCCCGUGGCCCGUGGACCACCGCUUGGCGACCGUUGCGUCAAAGGUUUCCUUAAACCAGCGGUCGCCAACCUUUCGGACCUCACGGACCCCCAGGGGUCUGUGGUCCGCCGGUUGGCGACCGCUGGGGAAGGUCUCCGUGAUGCGGACCCGAGACCCUCUUAUUCCCCGGAUCACUUGUCCGCGUGAACGCGGACCCCGGCCCGCGCGGCGCCCGCGGAGACCAAGAGCGCCGUGGGGAGGGGGCUUUGAGGUGAUUGACAGGAGCCAGCCCCUGCAAAGCCGGCCAACCAAAGCUGCAGCGGCGCCGGAAAGUGCCCCGAGGCUUUUUAAAAACAAACUGUGUGCACACGCUCGGCAUCGCCGUGCCCCUCGCCUCCUGCCCUCCCCAUCGGUGGGCUCGCGACCACCUGUCGCAUCCCCGUGCGCGCGCGCCCUCGCCCCCUUCCUAACGCCCUGUGCUCGGGAUCUGGGCCCGGGAUCGCAGGCUGCGCAGAGCUGGGGGCUGCGGCUCGGGCUCAGGAGUGUUUUGGGGUUAUGAAACCUUCCUGCAGCUCCCCCCUCCCUCCAAGGAGAGCCUGGCGUCUGGGAGGGAGGGUGGCAGCUCCUGCGCUCCGCGUCCCGGGCCCACGUCGUGCGUCACGUGGCCUCACGCAGCAGCGUGCUGCGGCCAGGGAGCGCGAGCAGACAGCUCCCGGCAGUCCGGAGCGGAGCGGAGGAGCCGCCACAUCCCUGCGAGGCCUGCUCGCCGCCCCGGACCCCAAGGCCCGGGCUGCAGGCAGCGGAAGCGGCUCCCGCAGCUGCCCGGGCCCCCGCCGGCGGCCUCUGGCGGCCGAGGGGGAGCUCUGCGGGCGACUUUCGGACCGAAUCGGCGCGCUCCUCGCAUCCAAAGGGGCGGAGCUAGCCUGGAGAGCCCUGAGAGACAGAGAGACAGAGACAGAGACAGAGACAGAGACAGAGACAGAGACUGAGGAGGGGGCCCAGGGUAGGGCGUGGGGGAGGGGGGGAGCCGUGAGCAGCCCCAGGAGGUAAAAAGUGGCCUGGAAGGAACUGAGAUGCCACCAGCAACAAGAGAAUUGCUUCUACCACAGCCUAGGGUUUGAGGGCCUCUACCCCCAGCCCAGCGGGGAUUGGACAGUGAGGUUGAAGAACCGGCUGGCUGGUAAUUUUGUUUUCAUUUUCUUGGAAAGUAUUUUUUUCACCCUAGUUUGGUUGGGUGCUCCGUCUCACGGAGCCCCAAAUAUAGAUUAAGAGGCCGCCACCGUGUUAUGGGCAUGUGCCACUGCCUCUACGGCAACCAUAUGUCAGGACAACGCCAUCUCCCCCCUGAACUCGAGAAAUAAUAGCCCGAGCAACCACCCUUGGAGGCCUCAGGGGCAGCUGCCCCCAGUGCUGGGCUUGGCGCAGCCGAAGAAAUGGAGGCCCCAUCGCCUUCCAGGGAGCCCGUCCCCGUCGAGACUGACGGCGAGGCCCGCGGACCUCCAGAGCCCUCCAGACCCCACGUGCAGGGCGAGGCAGGCCCGGAAGUCGGAGCCCACGGAGGAUACAGCCCACCUCCGGAGGAAGCCAUGCCCUUCGAGGUCCAGCAGCCCGGCGGGGGAGGCUUCUGGCCUGUCCUGGGGCGGCCUGCAGACGCCAGGGGGGCCCAUGCAGGCCCCCGAGCCGACAGUCCAGCGCCCAUGGAGCCCGGAGCCCGCGGUGAUGCCGGAGCAGAGCUGGGAGGCUACAGCCCUCCGCCGGAAGAAGCCAUGCCCUUCGAGUGGGAACAGCCUGCCGGGGGCGGGGGGAGCAGUCAGCCUCGUUCGCGGAGCGAGCGCGCUCCCGGAGGCCCCGCCGCGGGGGUCUUUAGCGCCCCCUCACUGGCGCCCCGAGUGCGCAGCCCUGCCUACGCAGGCUGCGGCGGAAGCGGCAGCCCUCCCCCGGAGGAGUCUAUGCCAUUUGCAUUUGAUGGAGCAGUCCGUGGGCACGACAGCCCACCCCCCGGGCUCCCCCGAGCUCCCCUACAAAUCCACGACGGUGGCGGCGGCCACUCCGCGGCAGUCGCGGAGCAGAGUGCGAUCGUCCUCGCUCCCGCCGCGAACGAGCCCCCCCGCCUGGUCCCCGGAGCCAUCGCCAGCACAUCCGGAGAGGCAGCCAGAGCUCUUCCACACUCCGUGGGCUUCAGCGCCCCGAUGGAGGUCCCCGGACCCCAGCUCGAAAUUGAAUCCCCUCCCGUUGGGGUCGGCGACGCUCCCGUCAACAUGGACAGCCCGCCAAUCGCGCCAGACAGCCCGCCCAUCGAGGUCUCCGGAGCCCCAGCCGCGGCAGAGCAGGCAGAGGGAGAGAGACCCCCAGUUGAAGGAGAAGCAGCCGAGAUGGAAGGAAGCUCAGCAGCCCCCGCUGCAGCCGCAGCCGCAGAGGGAGACCAGCUCCCUUCUCCCGGAGCCGGAGCCGGAGCCGGAGACGGAGACGGAGACCGAGACCGAGACCGAGACCGAGACGGAGACCGAGCUCCUGUCGCCGCGGCCCCCGAAGCUCCAGACGCCGGAGCUCCUGACGCUGGGGCAGCCGCCAAUGCCCCAGUCGCUCCCGAUUCACCAACUGCUCCCGGAGCCUCUCCCGACCACCCGGCAGCCGCAGCGGAGCCAGCCGCCCUGGCAGAUCCCGCCGUGGCAGAUCCCGCCAGCGCCGGGGCAGAUCCCGCCAGCGCCGGGGCAGAUCCUGCAGCCCCACCCCCUGUUGCCCCCCGCCCCGAUGUCACUGGGGCAGAUCUUGCCGCAGGGGCAGAUGCUGAUGUCCCACCCCCUGUUGCCCCCCGGCCCCCCAUCGCCGGGGCAGGUCCCACUGCCAGGGCAGAUCCCGCUGUCCCACCCCGUGUUGCCCGCCGGCCCGAUCCUGCCCCCCGGCCAGUCCCCUAUGCGUCUGCAGCCUGGGGAGUCCCACCCUCCUGCUAUGGUCCACACAACGCAGCCCUCCGCGUGUCCCGGGCUGCUCGAGAUGCCCAGACAGCUCGAGAGCUGUCCGCUCGGUGGGCAGGCCCAGCCAGGCGAUCCCAUUCCGACCACCGUCCCAUCGUCCGCCCCGACCCCCGCUUCCUUAGGCCCCCCAGCCCCGAGAUUCAGCCUGCCGAUCCGCCUGCUGCACCUCCUGCUCGCUUGUACCGGGCGAGGGCCUACGACGGCGGAGACGGCGGAGACGACCCCGGAUGGGCCAGCAGCAGCGACGAGUCCAGCGAGGGCCAGUGGAGCUGCCUGCCCUGCGGCGGCGGCGAGAACGACGGAGACGGAGAUCGUGGCCGCAGCCGCAGCAGAAAGUCGAAGCGUAACGUGUUCCGCCAGUUCUUCGAAUGGCUCCUCCCCUGCUGCUUCGGCAAAAAAGGCAAAAGCAAGCGCAAGGGAGCCCAGUCCGGAGCCGGCGGCCAGGUCUCGAUUCCUAUGCUGGAGCGGAGCCGACGACAGGAGUUCCCCCAACGCCUCACCCAGCAGGGAGACUCAAGAUGGCACGGCGGCCAGCUCCUCGACCGACAGCUCGGGCCCGAGAGGGUGGAUUUCAUGUGCUCCCACCGCCUGCUGCUUCUAGCUGAGCGUGCCAGGGGCCGCGGCCGCGGCCGCAGGACGACCCGACUUCCCAGGGUGGGGGCCAGCCUGAGAGGCCGGGGGCGCGUCCUGACAGGCGGGGUCUACAGGUGAGCCAGGAGCUGCCGGGGAGGGGCCUGGGGGGGGGGCCCGGCUGAGCUGUUUGUGGCCGUGGUGGGAUGGGGUCGUUGGGAAAGGCGCGCCCCGCCUCGCCUGGCACGGCUGCUUGAACUCAAGACAGCUUGUUGUUGGUGUGUGUUUGGUGUCCAUAUUGUGUCCGGCUGUGCAUGACAUGCGCUAAAGUGUCCCCCAGUUCCCUCCCCUGGCACCCCGAACCACCCGCCGACUGUGUACUUGUUGGGGAGCGGGCUGCCUUGUGUUGUGCGCCAUGGUGCGGGCGCAAACUUGGCGCGUCCACACUCUCUGCGGUCCUGCCAGCCGGCUCUGCAGCGGGCGGCGCGGAAAACGCGGAGAGAAGGCUGUGGGACAUCUUGGUAAUACGGUGGGCGCCCCGCGCAGGGGCCGGGGGCCGCCUCCUGAUGGCCUGCAUAACCUUGUUUUCUGUGUGUCUCUCUCUUUUUUCCCUUUGCGAUAAGCGUUUCCUCUCUUCUCAUUCCUCCGCCAAACCCUCUCGCCUUUACGGUUGAAAAAAAAACCAGACACUCAGGUAUCUGGGGCGUCAGGGGCUGCACACAUAAGUUCGGCAUUCUGCACACAUUCGGCUCACCUGGUGGAGGGGCAGGGGUGGGAUGGGGGCGGGAAAAGCACGCAAACAUGCUCUAGGCAAGUCUGGAUGCAAACCACGCGGGGCCGGUUCCGAGGGGGUGGGCGUGGCUGUUAUUAAAAACAUGAAAUAAUCCAUCCCCCCACCCACUCACCCACCCCUUCCCCGGACCACCCGAGGUAAGCCCAUCAUUGACACUUUCCCCGCUCAUGCAGUAGGAGGGGCUUAGGUAAAAGAGGGAUGCCUGGGAGUGGACCACAGUCAUAUUUCAAAUGCAAUUAAAAUAAAUCAUUUUUUAAAAUGCUCCGAGUGUAUUUUAAGUGUGUGGACAAAACGUGAUAAAAUUGACCAUGACUUGUGAAAUCUGUAAAUGUUUGCAUGUGCAUCUUUUCAGGUAGCUUUAGCUGGGGGCAAAGAGGCUCAAAGGUAAGAUCCUCUGCAAAUGGGCUGGUGAUUGAAAAACAUUAAA